GUUGCGCGUAAAGCGCUUGCGUCAAAUGUUUUUUUUUUUUUUGAAGGCCCGACUAGCCAACGUGCUAAUCCAACAUUUGGAACGUUAGAGGAAUUUUCAUAAUUACUAACCUUCUGAGAGUAUUUUUAUUCUUUUAAACACCACCUGAUUAAAGGUCGGUCCACUUCACUUCCACAAUGUCCUUCCCCCCUCAUUUAAAUCGGCCGCUGUUGCCUCCUCCAGGCAUCCCUCCUCAGUACACAGGCUUUCCCCCAGGAGCCCCUAUGAUCCCAGUUCACAUGGGUAUCAUGGCCCCCACACCUGCAGUAAUGGUUCCUUCAGUACCAGUGCUCAGCAAGCCUGCAGUCCCUAAGAGGGAAACCAUUGCUGUGAAUGCCAAAGACAGUGAUGAGAACAGUGGGCCCACCACAACAGUGUUUGUAGGGAACAUAUCAGAAAAGGCUUCAGACAUGUUGAUCAGACAGCUGCUGGCGAAAUGCGGAAUUGUUUUGAGCUGGAAGAGAGUACAAGGAGCCUCUGGCAAGCUUCAAGCUUUUGGUUUCUGUGAGUAUAAGGAGCCAGAGUCCACACUGCGAGCCUUGCGACUGCUUCACGACCUCCAGAUUGGAGAUAAAAACCUACUUGUGAAAGUUGAUGCCAAGACAAAAGCACAGCUGGAUGAGUGGAAGGCCAAGAAGAAGACUGCAAAUGGGGAUAAAAAGAGUGAAGAUGCAGGAGAAGACGAGGAAGAAGUGUUAGAUGAGGAGACAAAGAAGAAAGAUCAGAUUAUCAAGGGCGCCAUCGAUGGACUGAUGCGGGAAUAUGCUGCGGAACUAAAUGCACCUUCACAGGAUGAUGAGUCCCAGCGACGAAAGAGAAAAAAGGAGAAAAAAGAAGAGGAUGACAUAAACACUAUUGACAUGGAGGAGGACAAGAGGGACCUGAUUUCCAGAGAGAUUAGUAAAUUUCGUGACACUCACAAGAAACUUGAGGAAGAGAAGGAUAAACGAGAGAAGGAGCGGCUGGAGUUUGAACGUGAAAGGAGGGAACGGGAAAAAGAGCGAGAGCGGGAAAGAGAGCGGCGGGACCGCGAGAGGGAAAAGGAGCGAGAGCGGGAACGGGAGAGGGAACGAGAACGUGAGAGAGACCGAGAUCGAGACAAAGACCGCGACCGCAGGACCAGGGAAAGGGAACGAGAGCGAGAACGGGAGAGAGACAGAAGCCGUGACAGGAGUGCCGACCGCAGCCGAUCCAGGGAGGUCAGCCGAGACAGAGACAGAGAAAAGAAGAGAGACCAAGAGGAUGAAGAGGAAGCAUAUGAACGCAGGAAACUGGAGAGGAAACUUCGAGACAAGGAAGCAGCCUAUCAAGAGCGGCUGAAAAACUGGGAGCUGAGGGAGAGGAAGAAGGCACGGGAUUAUGCUAAGGAGGCUGAGAGAGAAGAUGAACGCCGACGAGAAAUGAUUAAAGAAGGCAAACGGUUAAAAGAGUUUCUUGAAGACUAUGAUGAUGACAGAGAUGACCCCAAGUAUUACAGGGGCAGUGCACUGCAGAAGCGUCUCAGAGACCGAGAGAAGGAGAUGGAGGCGGAUGAGCGUGACAGGAAGAGGGAGAAGGAGGAGCUGGAAGAGAUCAGACAGAGGCUGUUAGACGAGGGACAUCCAGACCCAGACGCAGAGCUACGCAGGAUGGAGGAGGAAGAGGAGGAGCGUCUGAGACAACCUCCCAUCGUCCAAGAGCCAGAACCUGAGGAGGAACGUGAGCGCCACAGGGGUUCACGAGAUCACCGGGAGCGCCGACAGGAACAGGAGAGAGCAGAUUCACGCUCACGACCCCCCCAGUCUGACAACGAGGUGGAAGAGGGUGAGGAGGAAGAUUAUGACAACGAUGAAGACAACCCAGAUGUGAAACCACGCCUAAAGCCCACAAUGCGACCAAUCACAGCAGCGCCUUCUGUGUCAUCAGCCAGUGGAAAUGUGUCUCCCAACACGCCCGGGGAAGAGUCACCCUGUGGCAUCAUCAUCCCCCAUGAAAACUCCCCACCUGAGGCUCUGCCGCAAGAGGAACACCGGCCAAAGAUUGGCCUCAGCCUGAAACUGGGUGCCACGGGAAGCCCCAGUCAACCCAUCGCCGGAAAGAGAAAGAAGCUUCCGGUGGACAGCGUGUUCGACAAGUUUGAUGACGAGGAGGCUGACGAGCAGCCACGCAAGAGGAAGCUGGUGCCCCUGGAUUAUGAUGACGACAAGAGCCUCGGGGUGGACGGUGCUGGACUUUCCAGCAUAAAGGGAGCCAACGCUGAGGAGAAACGCAAACACAUCAAGAGCCUGAUCGAAAAGAUUCCCACCGCAAAGCCCGAGCUCUUCUCGUACCCACUGGACUGGUCCAUGGUUGACACGACGUUAAUGGAACGGCGUGUUCGUCCCUGGAUCAAUAAAAAGAUCAUUGAGUACAUUGGAGAGGAAGAGGCAACGUUAGUGGACUUUGUCUGCUCCAAGGUGAUGGCCCACAGUACACCGCAGACUAUCUUGGAUGAUGUUGCCAUGGUUCUUGAUGAAGAAGCUGAGGUCUUUAUAGUGAAGAUGUGGCGGUUGCUCAUUUAUGAAACUGAAGCAAAGAAGAUCGGACUGGUGAAAUAAUCGUCGGCCGAAUGAAGAUGAAUUCCUCUUCUCCUUUACCUUCAUUGUGUAUAAUACUGUAGCGAAUUUAUGUCACCCCAGAAGACGUGACUGACCAUACCAGUACAGACUGUAACUGCAGAUUCUGCUCAUUCUCACAUUUGCACCAGUUGUUGGGUCUCCUUUGUUUUUUUCUUCUUCUGUUUAAACAUACUCAGGCUGCAUCCACCUCCACUCUGCAGGUGCUGAUUGUGUCUGUGUGCUUUUGUGUAUAUACAGUUUGUCAUUAUUUGGUUAUGAAGAAGCUACAGCUCUGGCCACCCAGGGUCACUGUGUUGGAGAUGAGACCCUUUAGUCCCAUACUUUUUUUUUUGUUUUUAUACAUGCCAACACACACUGAGUGAGAACAGUUUGCAGGUUUGCUACAAACAGUUCACCAUUUCUCAAACUAUUCUUUUGAGUUGUGAAAUUGGGCUUACAGUUGAUUGUGGGUUGGUUAAGUAGACACAAACUAAAGCGUAUGAAUGACUACAGCUAUGAUGUUUUUAAAAUAAUUACAGGGGUAUUUAUUAAGGGUUUUUGGACAUAACUGAAUUUUAUUUCUGUAAUCAAUACACAAAUUCUUCCCUCUCCCGACAUUUCUUGUCACAUUCCUGACAAACUGGCAUGUUGUUUUCAGACCAUCUCUAAAACAUCUAGUUGUCAUUUGAAAUGUGUCUACUGACAAGACCCAUAGGCCAUGUGACAUCCUUAACGCUGUAAAAGCACACGUCAUAACCACUAUAGGAAAAUGAGCUAAGAACGAAAACAAUUGAAAUUGUGAAGAUGCUCUCCAUUUGUUUUUGUAUUGGUGAACAUUUGAAUAAAUAAUUUUUAUAAUCAUU